AUGAAGAUUUUUGCUUGCGCUCUCUCGGUCGCUGCCGCCGGUAGAGGUGGACGAAACUUCCAAGGUGAGAGUGACGAGCUUCUCUACUCCAACGAUGCUUCCUUCGUCACCGGCGACUUCCUCCCUGAUCGAUUCCCAAUCACCAGCGAAGAGAACUACCAGGAGCAGAUUGAUCAACACGCUCGAUUCGCCCAGAGAUACUACAACAACGAGUUCGAUGGCCAGCGAAACCAGGCUCGAUACUUGAAGAUGUACAUGAAGGCCUCGCAGAUGGUCGAAAAGGCUGUUGACCGAUGCGUCGACUGGGACCUCUUUGUCGCCCCUGAAGUCGACGAGAACGGAGCUGCCUUCGAUCGAGACCGACGAGCACCAAGCGGCAUUGGUCCACUCACCGGCACUCUCACCAACCUUGCCCACAUCGUCCGACAGUUGGUCAUCCCCGCCGUUGUUGAGAAAGACGAUAAGAACACCAAGAAGUGCUUGAAGCACGGCUACAAGAUCCUCCGAAAGCUCGACAGACAGCGAUACUACACCCUCUGGGGCUACUGCAAGUACAUCGAUGACACCGAGCGACCAUGCUCCUGGGCCUACUUCGCCAACGACGGCAAGCCAUGGAGAAACCUCGAAGAUGGUACCAACGCGCAGUGGGACUCUUACACUUCCAGCUUCUUCACUGCUCAGCGACACGAUCGAGUCUGUGACAACGGUGACAGCCGAUUCGAUGAUGUCAUUCGAUGCGAGAUGGGAGAGCUCAACAUCAUCAACGCCUGGUACGGCCGACGAUCCAGCAACAUCUGCAAAGGCGACGGAUCCGCCACCUCUAUCUGCACCGGUCCAGGCACCAUCGUCAACCUCCGAAACAAGGUCCAGGCUGACUGCAACGGCAUGGCUUCUUGCGUUCUCGAAGCUUCCAACGAAUACGCUGGCUCUGAUCCUUGCCCUGGCUCUGACAAAUACAUCCAGGUUCAAUACGAGUGCGUUGAGCCCGAAGGAUCCGGCUCUGGAGACGGAAACUAA